GAAAAUAGACUCUUUUGGCAUCGACGACUAGCAGCUUUAGGCUUUGGUACAAACUGAGACAAAAACACACCACGUUCAGAGCAUUGGAGAUUUUUCCGAAAAUUGUAAAAGUAGCGUACACUGCGUUUUGUCCAUCCCGGUGCCCCAGUCAGUGUCUGGCGGUCAUUUUGAUAGAGUGUUAAACCAGCAGAGUGAGAGUAAUAAUAAGUAGCAGGGGAGAAUGGCACUGUCGGCGUGGUCUGCACAGACAAAAGGCUUAGAAGUGCAUGCAUUUAAAAAAGUCUGUACGCUAGAAACCAUGGUUUAACCGCUGAUAGCGUGCGUUUUGGUGCAGUUUUUGGUGUCUGCUCAUUGCAGCCGCCAUAUUUAGGUUUAUUGCUGGUGACUGGCUCUUUGGGACUGAAUUGUUCAGCUCGACUAGUGGCGUUAGCGGUGCUGCUGGUGACGCAGGAAAAUCACUCACAAGAAAUACAAGGAAGCAAGAGCACCUAAAGACCCUCAUGUAUACCCGGGAAGUCUCCUAAGGAUACGUUAUUGAUGCUUUGGAUUGUGUAUUUAGAAACAAACAAGCAACCGGACUACCGGCCAUAAGGAAACCGUAUCUCAUUUCUGGGUUAUGCAAUGGUCACUGCAACUCAGCCGAAGCUCCAGGUGCUGCUCUCCUCCUCUUUCAGCUUCUGGUUCCAUAGUACUGCCCUCCAGGCAGUGAUUUCUCUUGCUCCUGCUACAUAAGCAGACAAGAUUGCAAAGAUCUGCCCCGUGCCCAGCAUGACAGCCACCACCCGGGGCUCCCCCAUGGGGAACAGUGACAACCAGGGACAAAGCCAACCCCCGGAUGGCCAGAGCCAAGCCCCGGAUGGCCAGAGUCAAGCCCCUCUACCCCAGAACCAGACACCUUCUCCCAACUCUUCUAAUGAGACAUCUCCAGUGAGCCCUCUGGAGGGACAGGGACAGGGGCAGGGUGAUGCUCAGCAGGCACAGGAAGAGGAGGAGCCAGCAUUCCCCCACACAGACCUGGCCAAGCUGGACGAUAUGAUCAACCGGCCUCGCUGGGUGGUUCCAGUCUUGCCAAAGGGGGAGCUAGAAGUUCUACUUGAAGCUGCUAUAGAUCUAAGUAAAAAGGGGCUCGAUGUGAAGUGUGAGGCAUGUCAGAGGUUUUUUCGAGAUGGCCUGACAAUCUCAUUCACAAAAAUUCUGACAGAUGAAGCAGUGAGUGGUUGGAAGUUUGAAAUUCAUAGAUGUAUCAUCAAUAACACACAUCGGCUGGUGGAGCUAUGUGUGGUCAAGCUGUCUCAAGAUUGGUUUCCAUUGCUUGAGCUCCUAGCCAUGGCAACCAACCCCCACUGCAAGUUUCACAUCUACAAUGGAACACGCCCAUCUGAGAGUGUACCUGCUGGUCCCCAGCUCGCUGAUGAUGAGCUCUUCGCACGCCCACCAGACCCUCGUUCACCUAAAGGCUGGCUGGUGGACCUUAUAAAUAAAUUUGGCACACUUGGGGGGUUCCAGAUCCUUCAUGAUCGUUUCAUGAGCGGUCAGACUCUUAAUGUGCAGAUUAUUGCAGCUCUCAUAAAGCCAUUUGGGCAGUGUUAUGAGUUUUUGACAUUGCACACAGUGAAGAAGUUCUUCUUGCCUGUGAUAGAAAUGGUUCCACAGUUUCUGGAGAAUCUCACAGAUGAAGAACUUAAGAAGGAAGCCAAGAAUGAGGCCAAAAAUGAUGCUCUUUCUAUGAUAAUCAAGUCCUUGAAGAACCUGGCAUCGCGAUUACCAGGCCAAGAAGAAACGGUCAAGAACUUAGAAAUCUUUAGGUUAAAAAUGAUCCUUAGGUUAUUGCAAAUUUCUUCUUUUAAUGGAAAAAUGAAUGCACUAAAUGAAGUGAACAAGGUGAUCUCAAGUGUUUCAUAUUACACCCAUCGCCAUGGCAACCCAGAGGAUGAGGAGUGGCUCACUGCUGAACGGAUGGCGGAAUGGAUUCAGCAGAAUAACAUUCUGUCUAUUGUUCUGAGGGACAGCCUGCACCAGCCUCAGUAUGUGGAGAAACUAGAGAAGAUAUUGCGCUUUGUAAUAAAAGAAAAAGCACUUACUUUACAGGACCUGGACAACAUCUGGGCUGCACAGGCUGGUAAGCAUGAGGCCAUUGUGAAGAAUGUCCAUGACCUGUUGGCUAAGUUGGCCUGGGAUUUCUCACCAGAGCAGCUUGACUACCUGUUUGACUGCUUCAAGGCAAGCUGGACGAAUGCAAGUAAGAAGCAGAGGGAGAAGCUGCUGGAGUUGAUCCGCCGCCUGGCAGAGGACGACAAGGAUGGUGUGAUGGCUCACAAGGUGCUUAACCUGCUGUGGAACCUGGCACACAGUGACGAUGUCCCUGUCGACAUUAUGGAUCAGGCCCUAAGUGCCCAUAUUAAGAUUUUGGACUACAGUUGUUCCCAGGAUCGGGACACGCAGAAGAUUCAGUGGAUAGACCGUUUCAUUGAAGAACUGCGAACCAAUGAUAAGUGGGUGAUCCCAGCAUUAAAACAGAUCCGAGAGAUCUGCAGCCUGUUUGGAGAGGCCCCUCAGAAUCUCAGCCAGACGCAGCGGAGUCCUCAUGUGUUCUACCGACAUGACUUGAUCAACCAGCUGCAGCACAACCAUGCACUGGUCACACUGGUGGCAGAGAACCUGUCUGCUUACAUGGAGAACAUGCGACAAUUCUCUAAAGAGCAUCAAGGUUUUGACCCUCAGACAGUUCGCGUGGGCAGCCGCUACAGCCAUGUGCAAGAAGUCCAGGAGAGACUCAACUUCCUGAGAUUCCUGUUGAAAGAUGGGCAGUUAUGGCUGUGCGCUCCUCAAGCUAAGCAGAUUUGGAAGUGCCUGGCAGAGAAUGCAGUCUUCCUCUGUGACCGCGAGGCUUGUUUCAAAUGGUACUCCAAACUCAUGGGUGAUGAGCCUGACCUUGACCCAGACAUCAACAAGGACUUCUUUGAGAACAACGUGCUGCAGCUGGAUCCCUCACUGCUGACAGAAAAUGGGAUGAAGUGCUUUGAGCGCUUCUUUAAAGCAGUGAAUUGCAGGGAGGGCAAGCUAGUAGCCAAGCGCAGGGCAUACAUGAUGGAUGAUCUGGAGCUCAUAGGCCUUGACUACCUCUGGAGGGUUGUGAUUCAAGGAAGUGAUGACAUUGCCAGUCGGGCAAUAGAUCUGCUGAAAGAGAUUUACACAAACCUUGGACCAAAAUUACAAGUAAAUCAGGUAGAGAUCCAUGAAGACUUCAUCCAGUCUUGUUUCGACCGCCUGAAGGCCUCAUAUGACACACUUUGCGUGCUGGACGGGGAUAAGGACAGCAUAAAUUGUGCUCGACAGGAGGCCAUUCGUAUGGUCAGAGUGUUGACUGUGCUUAAAGAGUAUAUUAACGAGUGUGACAGUGACUACCAUGAGGAGAGAACCAUUCUUCCCAUGUCCCGGGCGUUUCGUGGAAAGCACAUUACCCUGGUGGUGCGAUUUCCUAACCAAGGUCGGCAGGUGGAUGACCUGGACAUCUGGUCUCAUACUAAUGACACCAUUGGCUCAGUACGCCGCUGCAUCCUGAACCGCAUCAAAGCCAACAGUACACAUACCAAAAUCGAGCUUUUUAUUGGAGGAGAGAUUGUGGACCCGGCUGAUGACCGCAAGCUAAUCGGACAGCUCAAUCUUAAAGACAAAACUCUGAUCACUGCAAAGUUGACCCAAGUCAGCUCCCACAUGCCCUCCAGUCCUGACAGCUCUUCUGACUCGUCCACGGGCUCACCUGGGAACCAUGGCAACCACUACAGUGAUGGGCCCAACCCAGAGGUGGAGAGCUGCCUGCCAGGAGUGAUCAUGUCGCUGCACCUACGGUAUAUCUCAUUCCUGUGGCAAGUUGCUGAUUUGGGCUGCACUUUAAACAUGCCUUUACUGCGGGAUGGAGCCAGGGUCCUUAUGAAGCUCAUACCUCCAGACAACACUACAGUGGAGAACCUGCGUGCAAUCUGUCUGGAUCACGCUAAGCUGGGAGAGAACAGCCUCAGUCCCACCUUAGAUUCUCGCUUCUUUGGCCCUUCACCUUCACAAGUUCUCUAUCUUACUGAGGUUGUCUAUGCCCUUCUUAUGCCAGCCAGUGGCACUCUGGGAGACGAUGCCAGUGAUUUCCAGUACAACUUCCUUAAAAGUGGUGGUCUCCCAUUGGUACUGGGGAUGCUCACCAGGAAUAACUUCCUUCCCAACACCAACAUGGAGACGCGUCGUGGUGCCUACUUAAAUGCUCUGAAAAUUGGCAAGCUUCUGCUCACUGCCAUUGGGUUCGGCCAUGUUAAAGCAGUGGCAGAGGCCUGCCAGCCUGUGGUGGAGGGCACCAACCCUACAUCGCCAAUAAAUCAGGCAACUCAUGACCAGGCCUUGGUGCUUCAGAAUGCUCUCCAGAGCAUCCCUAACCCUGCCUCAGAAUGCAUGUUGCGCAAUGUAGCUAUCCGACUGGCCCAGCAGAUCUUUGAUGAGAAUUUCUUCCAGGCAUCAAAGUACAUCCCAGACAUCAGUGUGAUACGAGCAGUGCAGAAAAUUGUGUGGGCUUCAGGCUGUGGAAGCAUUCAGCUAGUCUUCAGCUCCAAUGAGGAGAUCAGUAAGAUAUAUGAGAAGACUAAUGCAGGUAAUGAGCCAGAUAUGGAGGAUGAGCAGGUGUGCUGCGAGGCUCUGGAGACCAUGACACUCUGUUUUGCUCUCAUGCCAACGGCCCUGGAUACACUCAGUAAAGAGAAGGCUUGGCAGACCUUCAUCAUCGACCUGCUAUUGCACUGCCAGAGCAAGUCGGUGCGUCAGAUGGCUCAGGAGCAGUUUUUCCUCAUGGCCACCAGAUGUUGUAUGGGCCACCGACCUCUCCUUUUCUUCAUCACCCUCCUCUUCACAGUUCUGGGAAGCACUGCAAAGGAAAGGGCAAAGCAUGCCGGUGAUUACUUCACCCUCUUAAGGCACUUACUUAACUAUGCAUACAACAGCAACAUCAACCUGCCUAAUGCAGAAGUACUGCUUAACAACGAAAUCGACUGGUUGAAAAGAAUCAAGGAUGAAGUAAAGGGAACAGGGGAGACCGGGGUGGAAGAGACCAUUCUUGAAGGUCACCUGGGAGUCACCAAGGAGCUUUUAGCAUUCCAGACCCCGGAGAAAAAAUUCUAUAUUGGCUGUGAAAAGGGUGGAGCCAACCUUAUUAAGGAGCUCAUAGAUGAUUUCAUCUUCCCAGCAUCUAACGUGUUCCUACAGUAUGUCAAGACUGGAGAGUUCCCUGCCGAGCAGGCGAUCCCAGUGUGCAGCAGUCCUGCCUCCAUCAAUGCUGGCUUUGAGCUGCUCGUGGCCCUUGCCGUGGGAUGCGUCCGCAACCUUAAGCAGAUUGUUGACACUCUCACAGAAAUGUACUACCAAGGCUGUGAGGCUCUUACAGAGUGGGAAUAUCUCCCACCUGUGGGACCGCGACCCACUAAAGGUUUUGUAGGUCUGAAGAAUGCCGGAGCCACAUGCUACAUGAACUCUGUGAUCCAGCAGUUGUACAUGAUUCCCUCCAUCCGAAAUGGCAUUCUGGCCAUAGAGGGUGCUGGCAGUGAUGUGGAUGACGAUAUGUCUGGAGAUGAAAAACAGGACAGCGAGAGUAAUGUGGACCCCAGGGAUGAAGUGUUCAAUUAUCAUCAGCAAUUUGAUGACAAGCCCUCUCUCAAUAAGGCUGAGGAUCGCAAGGAGUACAAUAUCGGAGUGCUGCGCCACCUGCAAGUCAUAUUUGGCCACCUUGCUGCAUCCCGGCUACAGUACUAUGUACCUAGAGGGUUCUGGAAACAGUUCAGGCUAUGGGGGGAGCCAGUCAAUCUGCGGGAACAGCACGAUGCUCUGGAGUUUUUUAACUCUCUGGUAGACAGCCUGGAUGAAGCACUGAAGGCCCUUGGGCAUCCCAGCAUGCUCAGCAGAGUCCUGGGUGGCUCAUUUGCAGAUCAGAAAAUCUGCCAGGGCUGUCCCCACAGAUACGAGUGUGAGGAAUCCUUCACAACACUGAACGUAGACAUCAGAAACCAUCAAAACCUCCUAGAUUCCUUGGAGCAGUAUGUCAAAGGGGACCUGCUGGAAGGGGCCAACGCUUAUCACUGUGAGAAGUGCAACAAGAAGGUUGAUACCGUGAAGCGCCUCCUGAUUAAGAAGCUUCCUCCAGUACUGGCCAUUCAGCUCAAGCGUUUUGACUAUGAUUGGGAGCGUGAGUGUGCCAUAAAGUUUAAUGAUUACUUUGAGUUCCCACGUGAGUUAGACAUGGAGCCAUACACUGUGGCAGGAGUGGCCAAGCUGGAGAGCAGCGAGGUUUCUUCAGAGAGCCAAGUCACCCACCAGAAUGCACCCUUAGAGCCAGAGUUGGGUGGAAGCUCGCGUUACCGGUUAGUAGGAGUGCUGGUGCACUCAGGGCAGGCCAGCGGUGGCCAUUAUUACUCCUACAUUGUCCAACGUCACAGCAACAGUGCUGAUGGCCAGCGAGAUCGCUGGUACAAAUUCGAUGAUGGUGACGUCACUGAGUGCAAGAUGGAUGAUGACGAGGAAAUGAAGAACCAGUGCUUUGGUGGCGAGUACAUGGGUGAGGUAUUUGACCACAUGAUGAAGCGCAUGUCAUACCGGCGCCAGAAGCGCUGGUGGAACGCCUACAUCCUGUUCUAUGAGCGCAUGGAUGCAGUCAGCGUUGAUGGCGACCUGUUGAAACACAUAGCGGAGAUGACGCUGGUGCCAAAGCCUCAGCAUCUCAAGAUGCCCUCGGCCAUCGAGUGUGGUGUGCGCAAACAGAACGUGCAGUUCAUGCACAGCCGCAUGCAGUACAGCCUUGAGUACUUCCAGUUUGUCAAAAAGCUGCUCACCUGCAAUAGCGUCUACCUGAACCCACCCCCAGGUCAAGAUUACCUGCUACCUGAAGCUGAAGAAAUAGCUAUGAUAAGUAUUCAGCUUGCUGCUAGAUUCCUGUUCACUACAGGAUUCCAUACCAAAAAAGUAGUCAGAGGUCCUGCUAGUGACUGGUAUGAUGCCCUGUGCAUACUACUGCGUCACAGUAAGAACGUCCGCAGCUGGUUAGCGCACAACGUCUUGUUUGCAUUCCCCUCGCGCUUCUCCGAAUAUCUGCUGGAGUGCCCGAGUGCUGAGGUUCGUGGAGCCUUCUCCAAGCUCAUAGUCUUCAUUGCACACUUCUCACUGCAGGAUGGCCCAUGCCCUGCCCCAGUCACUUCACCAGGCUCCUCCACACAGGCCUGUGACAACAUGACACUGAGUGAUCACCUCUUGCGGGCUGUGCUUAACCUGCUGAGGAGGGAGGUGUCUGAGCAUGGCCGACAUCUUCAGCAGUACUUCAACCUUUUUGUCAUGUAUGCCAAUCUCGGUUUAGCAGAAAAGACACAGCUGCUGAAGUUGAGUGUGCCAGCUACUUUCAUGCUGGUGGCUUUGGAUGAGGGUCCUGGUCCCCCUAUUAAGUACCAGUAUGCAGAGCUGGGGAAGCUUUAUACAGUAGUGUCUCAGCUGCUGAGGUGUUGUGAUGUAUCAUCACGUAUGCAGUCCUCAAUUAACGGUAAUCCAGCUCUACCAAACCCAUAUGGCGACUCCAAUCUUACAGCUCCCAUCAUGCCUCUGCAGCAACAUGUGGCAGAGAUAUUGUUUGUGCGUGCCAGCUAUGUGAAGAAAAUAAUUGAGGAUUGCAGUAACUCUGAGGAGACGGUUAAACUGCUGCGAUUCUGCUGCUGGGAGAACCCUCAGUUCUCAUCCACUGUGCUCAGCGAGCUUCUCUGGCAGGUGGCAUACUCCUAUACUUAUGAGCUGAGGCCUUAUCUGGACCUGCUACUCCAGAUCCUGUUGAUUGAGGACUCAUGGCAGACACACAGAAUCCACAACGUGCUAAAGGGGAUCCCCGAUGACCGGGAUGGGUUGUUUGAUACCAUCCAGCGUUCGAAAAAUCACUACCAGAAGCGGGCUUAUCAGUGCAUUAAGUGCAUGGUAGCUCUCUUCAGCAAUUGCUCUGUGGCAUACCAGAUCCUACAGAGUAAUGGCGACUUGAAAAGGAAAUGGACAUGGGCAGUGGAGUGGUUGGGCGAUGAGCUGGAGAGGAGGCCAUACACAGGAAACCCACAAUACAGUUACAACAACUGGUCUCCUCCAGUGCAGAGUAAUGAAACCUCUAACGGCUACUUCCUGGAACGAUCACACAGUGCCAGAAUGACGCUGGCCAAAGCGUGUGAGCUCUGUCCUGAGGAGGAGCCUGAUGAUCAGGAAGCUCCGGAUGACCAUGAAUCCUCCCCUCCAGAGGACACAGCACUCUACCCUCACUCGCCCGGGGCACAGUAUCAGCAGCCGAACAACCACACCCACGGGCAGCCAUACACGGGUCCGGCUGCCCAGCACAUGAACAACCCUCAGCGCGCCCCCCAGAGGCCUCAGGACAGCUGGGAAGGCACGGACGAGGCGCUCCCUGCCCAGACAAAAGAGUAGCCGCCUUCAUCAAGCCUUGCCUCACGAUUCAGAUGGCCAUUUCGGCGCAUGCCCAUGCCUUAGAAGCACCAGUUCUCCAGGAUGGAACAACCUCCAAAUACACCUUAGAUCUGCUCCACUUCACCCACCAGCUCUCGCAAACCCUUCCCCCACAACAUCUGCCACACCAACAUCCCUCUAUCCCUGAGUAUCAAGAUUGAGCUCAAAGACAUAGUGGAUUUGAGUCUCAAGACUGAUUGUCCCUGCUGAGCGUGGUACACAAACCUAUGCUCACAGGAACACACACAUGCUCAUGCACACAUAUACAUGCUGCCUAUGUACAUCUCUUUGUGUAAAAAAUGUAUCGCCUGCAAGGUGUAUUUUUCAGAGAAUGGAGAUGGUGUACAUAGUAUGUAUAAAUUUGGACAGUUAAGUAACCAACGCCUGUAAUUGUGACUGCCAAAUUGUGAAUAUAUUACAUGGGGAUGAGGAUGUGGAGUCAUGCCUCUGAUUGUAGGGGCAUGAAAUCUGGUCAGGAGCAAAGUGGUCACACUGAAACAAGACCAAUAAAAUCUGAUGCCCUUCAGUAACUCUUUGUGGGGUCUUUUAAGGUUUUGAAAUGUAUAAAUCUAAAGCUGAGCUGUCGAGUCUUAUCUGCGGAGGGUCAGUGGAGGUGCAGGUUCUCAUUUGGAGCAUACCUAAUUUCAGAUUCAUUCUCUUGAUCCAGAUUAUUUAGAUGUAGGUGGAUUUUUGAGCAUCUCUCUGGGAUUCAUUAACACUGCUGCUGUGCUGCUUCAGUCACUGUGUUUUUCUCCUGCCCCCACUUACACCACCGGCAGAGGCCUCAGUCGCGGCCAUCGUAAGGUGUAAUGGCACAUUUUGUCUUUUUUUUGCUUCAGCACUUAAACUAAAGGUAAAGUGAAACAGAAAAAAGUGCUACACUUUGGCAGUUUCAUUCAAUAAAAGAUUAGCUUUCAGCUUGAUUUGCCUAGUUGUGAUUUAACCUCUAGGAAACUUGCCCAGUGAUUAUCCAGUGAGGGAGCAGCCGUAUACCUAUAACUUUAUGUUGAAGGAAUUGUGAUGAUGUUGGAGGGUUUCUUGUCAGUGAGAUGCUGCGACUAGCAUUCUGCAGGACUGGUCAGUGUCUAAACAUACUAUACUACAUAAUUUCAUGAGUGAGUGGAUUUUAUUUGAUGCUUUUGUUUGAAAUACCAAAAAAAAAAAAAAAAAAAAGCUUGCAAAAGAUGAAGCGAGCCCAAAAUAUUAUAUUUAGCUUUUUUUUUUUUUCUUUUAUAGGGGUUAAUUCUGAAUUUGCAAAGACAAGGUGUUUGAUUUAAAUGGAAAAAAAAAGUCUGUAUUUUAUUUUUACAAAAAGAUAUUUACUGUAAAAAAAAAAAAAAAAAAAAAAAAAAAAAAGUUGCGCUCCCUGUUUUGUUUUUGUGUUCAUGACGGUUCUAGAGCAUUGAUAGCCAUGCAAGAUUUUUAUACUUCCUCUCUCAGCACAACAAAUACAAUAACAUUUAUUGCUCCACAAGUAAUAACGAAGUUCAACAGAUGAAGGUAGUGCAGACUUUAUUAGCUUUCUGAUGCUUCAUUUGUGGUACAUUUCGUAAAUAGCUAUUGCACGCAAAAGAAAAAGGCAUAUCUAAGUUAAAAAUCUCUCAUGGUGAUGAAAUAAGUUGUCUCCCGGUGACUGCAUCACUGUUUCCAGACUGCUAUUGACAAAAAAAAAACACGGAGUUGCCGAAGACUGCCCAGAAACACCUGCCAUAACCAAACCAGUGGCUUGCAGACGUACUGUCACAAUCUGACACAGUACUGAUUCUCUGCGAUUGUUUGGUCGUAUGUGGCACCAUAAUGCUCGACGCCAUGUUAGGGCUGGACAGGAUCCUCACCAGUUUGUGGGGAAUUUAGGAAAACCACAUGAACCCAGGUGAUCAGCUUAAUAAGCACUACAGGUCAUCCUGCUUUUAGCUGUUAAUGCUUCCUCCUAGACAGGUCUCAGUGUUUGUUUGUUUUUUUGUUUUGUUUUGUUUUUUCCCUAUUUCCUCAUUUUGGUUUUAUAAAGGUUUAUUCAGGAUCAGAUUUCCUUUUCGAUUGUCUUUUUUUUUUUUUUUUUUUUUUAAUUUAAAUUUUUUUUUUUUUUUGGUUGUUCUAAAGCUCAUUUUGUGAAAGAUGCAUGGAUAAUAUUCCUUGAUUUGCCUUAGAGGACUGUAAAAACCCAGCACACUGUAAAAUUACUUUAAAAAAUAAUAAUAAAAAAAGUUAUUUAAAUGUUUAGUCUGUGCAAUGUGUUAUAUAAAAUAUGGCUUUUGACAAAACUAGUCAUAUGAUAUACUGUAUAUUAUGAUAUUAAUAGUGAACUAAAUAUCAGUUUUUGCAUUGUCUGAAUUUACUAUAAAUGUUCUUUAAGAACUCGUAUAUCGAUCUGUUGAACUCUAUAAUGGCACAUAACUUUUUUUUUUCAGAUCUUCUGCUCAGCUUUUGGAUCUUCACUUCCAGUAUCUGACCCCCUGUAGCCCUUAGACACAUACUUACUGACAUCUGUUCAAACUGUGCCAGGUGUUAUACACUCACUUCUUACAAUGAAGUCUGAAGGAAGUCAGGGCAAAAGUUUAAUAAACACAAAAUAAACUGC